AUGGCGCGGUCGCGGUCGCGCCAGGUGGAAGGACCACCUUCCACCCCAUCAUAUUCUUCAUCCCUGCCGCUGAUGAAGGAAGGGUUGAACGGACAUGGCUUGAGUUCCGGUGCUUUUGGUCAAGUUCUCAGGAAAACAACAAGUCCCGUGACCCGGCGAGUGACCAGGAGUCAGAGUCGGGAGCUGGGGCAUCGUCGUCGACCGCUAGUUGAUGAUGAGGACGACGCUGAUCAUCAAUUGGAUAAUGAUGAUGAUGAUGCGGCUACCUCAGGCAAGAAGGGGCAUGCAACCGCCCUUGCUGUUGUCGUCGAGGAAUCCCCUCAAAAGUCGUCGCCUCUGAAGCCGAUGGCUUCGCGACCUGAAACUCAGGAUCAGGUCAUCCCUGAAACACCAGAUGAUGAGAUCAAUAUCUCCGGGACCACUAUCUUACCCUCGGAGCCGGACUUGGACCUUGACCCGGGAAAGAUGAUUGAGGCUUUCCCCAAGUUAUGGGAUGCGGCCGAGGAUAUGCUCGAGUUCUCGGUGCCCAGCCCUUUCGAAUUGCUCGAGUUUACCAAAUUGCUUCAGAAGCUGAAUGAUCCCCAAAGUUUGGAAAGCUGGCGGCUGGCUCGACAGACGUCCAACCUCAGAGAGGAAGCUAGGUACUUCGGAAGUCAGCCGUACAUUGACGUCGAGCUGGUUGAUGACAUUUUCAAAUCAUCGGCAACAGUGGCUGAGAAGCUCCAUGAGAUUGAGGGCCAGUGGGAUCCAGCCCCAGCCUUGCAAAAAGCUAAUUGUGCGCGGUUUGUGCUCGAGGUUCUCCUGUGCGAACCCGAAUCAACCUCAUCUCUAAAGCAGGCGAUCCGGAUUCUUGACAGCAUAUUUCCUUUGCCUUUCACAACCAGGCUCGUACCAGCGGGCCAGAGAAGAUCUGCGGGUGAUAGUCUGUUGGAAAAGGAGACCUUUGAUCUCGCUCUAGAACUGCGUACCCAGUACACGAUCAUGCAGCUGGAGGAGAAGUAUCAGAAUGAUCCGGAUUUUGAGCCUUCCAGAGUGCUGGAAGAGGGCUUCUGCAUUGAGCUGGCGAAUGAAGAGGGUUUAGUUCUCCGAGGCUUCGAAACCGAGGCGCUGAGGGGUCCUAACGGAGAAAUCCCACCAGGGCUUGCAGCUGAGGUGGCGUAUCGCUACCAGGAAAUGGAGGCUCUUUGCUUGGUGGAAGACACCAUCGACAUUGAGGGGCUCAAGAAAAACUACGGAUGGCGGAAGUUCGUCCUACGCGCUGCCCAAUGGGUCUGUAAACGGACCGACGAGAUCAAUGCCGAUAUGCGACGACCAUUACAAACUUACAAGGAUGUUAAAAAGGCGUUCUUUGCCAGACCUAAGACGCGCUAUAGUCUGGGCAGCACAUUUUCUUCGACCCCUAGGAUGCGCAACUCCGGAACGCCGUCAACUGCCCGGCAUCCGACGCUGUCUAUUCCAGGGACUGCCACGACAUCGAGAUAUGCUGUUGUUACGCCCUCGCUGGCUCGAGAUGGCCCGCGAAAUAUCCCUGGCAGUGUGGUCUCGGCACGAAGUACGCGGUAUAGUGCCACUCCUUCCAGCCUUAGGAAUGAGUACCAUACUAUACCCGAAACUCAACCGGUGGGCAGAAAUCCUCAUUGGGAGUCAGGGGAGUCCGCAAGUCCCGAGGCCCGCAGAUCACUGCAGUUAGAAUCUCCUGUUAGACCGUCUGCAAAAUCCCUGCAGAGGACUACUGGAUCUCCUGUCGAGCACGAUCUUAGUCGGACUCUCGUGAGCCCAGAGGUUCAGAGACAAUUGCAGCCGGAGCUGCCUACACCACGGUCUGGAAGUAUGGAGCAGGCUGAAGGUGUGAAUGGCUCCGAUACGCUGCGCGUUGAACAGCAAGCCAGAGCGCCGGAAAGAGCUACCCCAAAACCUGCUGAACCUGCUAGGUCUUCGACACGCGCAGAGCCCGUGCCUGUCACUACUAGGCCGGAGAAAAGUGUCAGUAAUACUGUCGAAACGACCCGGGCUAGCAACAACAUUCCGCCAAACUCAUUCAAGAAGCCUCCGCCGGUCGAUGGAGAACGGAGGAAGUCCCUCAAAUCCAAGCCAGUGUUUCUGAAUUCAACCGCCGUGGAUCAAUUGCGGCAACGACAACUGCGGCUCAGCGCUGCACCCAAGAAUCCCGGAACUCCCCGGCAGACGGAGCCUCUCCAGCCAACAAACCGUUCCGCGAGGCAGCAGUUCACCUCAGAAAAGAGCUCUGAAAAUCGCCAGGUAGAGCGCCCGAGGGCAAACACACGGGAACCGGCCCCUGAGGAACCGUCCGAAAUCCCAGCAUCGCCCGAUAUGACGUCUACAUUUGUUCAAGACGAGGUCGAAAUCGAGGUGACCGAUGGCCAACUAGACAUUGGUGAUCCUGGGGAGUCUCAAUUGGAGAGGUCCCAUAGUCCCUCGUUUGUUCGCAGCUCCCGUCCGUCGUCCCUUCGAGAGGAGGCAUUGCAGCAAUCUAGGCACGGUCAAGGAAAAGACACGAAUAAUGAUGUCAGUCAGGUAUCAAACGUGUCUCACGAAGAGAUCCCACGGUCUACGGCUGCGCCUCGCGACUCACGUGCCCUGUUUAUUGAUCGGCAGACUAAUGCCGCACGUGUGUCCCCCAUCAGUCAGGGACUGGGUCCUCGAAGCGUCGAGCGUCGGCGCGACGAGACAUCCCGCAAGCGUGGGCGAGAACCCGAUGAGAUUCCUGAAAGCGAUGCUGAGUUCGAACACGACGACCGCGAGGUAUCCGUAGAGCGCCAACGAGCCAGAAAGCCGAUCCAGUCACGCAGCAAACGUGCCCGUCGAGAAAAUCAAACAGAAAAUGCGACGGAGCGCUCGAGCAAUCGUGCUCAAGAGAUACACUCUAGUCCACUUAGAAGGUCGACUCGAUCCGCUCAAUCGGUCUCACCAAAUCCACCAUCCGCCUCGGCCCCUUCCACGCAGAAAAAUAAACCAGGGCGGCGGCCUACGGUGCGCUGGGAGCCUGGGCAAUCAAAGCGACUAGACAGGCUUAUUACUCAGUAUGGACAGGACUGUCUAAGGGGCACCCAAUUCGACUGGAAAAAAAUCAGAAGACAUGACGCGAUCGAGCCUCUGCAGCCAGGUGAAAAAAGGUUUAUUGACAAAGAUGAGGGGCAGGUCAAAGACAGAGCACGGAAUAUGAAGAAUCAUUUCAUAAAGAAUAACAUAACACCUCUUCCUGGCUGGGAAGGCGUCACCGCCAGUGCAACAGUUUUUGAUCGAAUAAAGCCGCGGUAGGACUUUGGCUUAAAUUGCAUUGAGCCGUUGAGAUGCUGCGGCCAUUGGAGUGGCUUGUGCAGUCAUCUGGCCGUGUGGAUUAUGAUUUAUGAUGUAUUCCUCAUACCCUUUGGGUGUCUCCAUUCUUCUCGGGUCUUGUUACUGCGGUCGGUGCGCGAUUCAGUAGGGUUGGUCAAGGUUGGAAUGCGACUAGCCUUCUGGGUAUUGGAGACUAUGUCUUUCUAAUCUUCUAUCGGGCCUUGUAUGGUAGCGCGCAUACCAAUAUG